UGGAAGGACGCGUAGCGCGGAUUGAGUUUUAACAGAAUAAUAAACAAAGAAAGUGUGAGAAUGUAAAAGAAGUGGCAAAUAAGCUCAUUUUGGCGGGAAAAGCUCAAUGCUAAGUGCAGUGUUAAAGUGCGGUAAAACAACACAAAAAAGGCUCACGAGCGGAAAAUCUGUUACCAAUCAUUUGUGUAUAAAUAAAAGCAAACAAUAAUAGAAAGAUCUGCAAACAUUUCUCUUUACAUCCCUUCAGCAAGUGCAUACACUCAUCUUCCUCAGCAUUAGAUAGCAGCCACGGCAGCCUCUUCAACUGGCACAUCCAUCCGCCCAUCAUUGGAGUAUCUCCUUUAUCGGCCACUUUGCGGCGGAGUGAGUGUAAACAAAGCCGAUGUUGCAAUCAUAAAUUCAGAAGAAAACAUUUAUACCGAAGGGAUAAAGAAGUAGAAUGAAAUCGUUAACCAUAACAGCGCAGAUUCACACCGCUGAAUAGAAAAUAAUUCAGCAGAGACAUCCACCUAAUAAUCUAAGUGAGAAAACUCUGAAAUGAAAGUGGAGUGGGAAACGCCUAUACCAGCCAACUAAAAGUACCAUUAACUGUUAAGAAAAACAACACCUGAAGAGUAUUAUCCGCACUUAGAUAUAAAUACGUUGAGCUCACACCUCAAUCAGCGCACGGUUGGUACUAUUAAAGUGAUCUCCAAUUUAUCACCACAAAGCUCGAGGAUAAGUUUAACCAUCAAAUGCCAAUUAUGUGGCAUUAGACGGGGUCAAUUGCGACGCACAUAAACAUUAGAUUACAACAACAACUGCAAAGGCAACAAAAUGGCCUUCCUCUUUGAACCCUUUCAAUCUGAUACUCAAUAUCUACGUGAAUUCCUAUCGCAUCUCUAUCUCAAUUGCAUCAUAAGAUAUCAGAAUGAGACGGCAGCGGCGCUGAAUGAGACGGACGAUGAUGCCAACUACAUUGGUGCACCGCGCUACCUCGAAGAGGCCGUACUCAAUGAGGGCAGCAUCGACUUGUCGAAUGUGGACGAAGCGAAGGCGGAACAAAAUGAGCUCUUCGCCUACAUUUCCAAGCACAGUUUAAAGCCAACAGCAACAAGUGGUGUUACAAAAACCGAUCACAACAACAAUACAUUAUUGAGCUACUUGAAUGCGCGCAGCAUAAAUGACACGCAUAUCAGCAGCUACAACUACAGCAACAACAUAAUUAUAACUUCAACACCUGCAUUAGAUACCCUCAGCUUAAAUGGCAAUGGCACACUGCCCUCCUACCCCUCACCCUCUCCAAAGUUUUCAUCUUCAUCCUCUUACACUUCUGCUUCUCCCACCGCUAGCUCCUCCACCUUACCCAGCUCCACUAGCUCUCAGCUACGCUUUUGUCCCUUGCGUUUCGACGGCUACCUCUGUUGGCCGCGCACACCCGCCGGCACUGUGUUGAGUCAAUAUUGUCCGGACUUUGUGGAGGGGUUCAAUCGUAAAUUCCUGGCGCAUAAAACUUGCUUGGAGAACGGCACCUGGUAUCAUCAUCCAGUAAGCGGUCGCGAAUGGUCCAAUUACACCAAUUGCAUUGACUAUGAUGACCUGCAGUUCCGCAGUUUCGUCAAUGAGCUGUACGUGAAAGGAUAUAUCGUUUCACUGGUCUCUUUAGUGCUCUCGCUCAUCAUAUUCCUUGGCUUUAAAUCGCUCCGCUGUACAAGGAUACGCAUACACGUGCAUUUAUUUGCCUCGCUGGCGUUCACUUGCAUCGCCUGGAUACUCUGGUAUAAAUUGGUGGUCGAGCAACCGGAUAUAAUUGGCAAUAACCCGCCCUGGUGCAUAAUACUCCACUUGAUUGUACAUUAUUUCAUGUUGGUGAACUAUUUUUGGAUGUUUUGCGAGGGAUUGCAUUUGCAUUUGGUGUUGGUGGUGGUUUUCGUCAAAGACACCAUAGUAAUGCGUUGGUUCAAACUCUUUGCCUGGAUGUCGCCAAUACUCGUGCUGUUGGCUUAUGGUGCUGCCAGAUUUUUCCAUUCCGAUGAUAAUAUGCACUGCUGGAUGGAUGACAGUCUAUUGCUUUGGAUCCUAUCAGUGCCCAUUUGUGCAUCGCUGUUGGCUAGUUUUGUUUUUCUCAUCAACGUUUUGCGUGUCAUUGUCCGUAAAUUGCAUCCACAGUCAGCGCAACCGGCACCGUUGGCCAUCAGGAAGGCAGUAAGAGCGACUAUAAUACUGAUCCCUCUAUUUGGCUUACAGCACUCCCUGCUCCCCUACCGACCAGACACUGGCACACCACUUGAGCGUUUCUAUCAAAUCCUCUCAGUAAUCUUGGUGAGCCUACAAGGAUUUGUCGUUUCAUUUCUCUUUUGCUUCGCAAAUCAUGACGUCACCUUCGCUAUUCGCACACUCUUGAAUCGUUUAAUGCCAGGACUGGUUUCACCACCGCCACCGGGUACACACACAGGACAAUUGGCGACAACAACACCGAGUCGAGAGUUGGGUGUAUAAGGGAGAGAGACAAUAGAAAUUGUGAAAAAGAGAGAGGCAGGGAAUUUCAAAAAAAAUCCUAUAAUACAAAAGAAAAGUGGAGUUGCUUGAAAGGAAGAAAAAAAAGUUUCUAAAAAAAAGAGCUUUUAGAGAAAACUCUACUCUUGAAAAGAACAAAACUAUACAGAAGAUGAUUCAUAUUCAGAAAAAAAAAAAACAAAACGAAAACUAUUUAUAUAAAACUAAGUACAUAAAAUACUCCUAUUUACAUUAGAGAAAUUCCUGCAGGAUAUAUGGU